AUGUCCCUCGCAUCCCAGGAAAUGCCGAACUCCAAGACCACCCAGAAGCGGCGGGGCUCCACGGACGGCUCGGGGGCCCACGGGCCUGCGCAGAAGGCGCAGCGCACUGCGGAGAAGGCCGCAGCAGGCAGCAGCAGCAGCAGCAGCAGCAACGCGAGCAGCAGCAGCAACGUGCUGCAGCAGCUGGCGCGGCUCUCCACCAUUGUUGCAGACACUGCGGACUUCGAAGCAAUCAAAGAAUUCAGCCCCACAGACGCAACCACCAACCCCACCCUCGUGCUGCAGGCCGUCAGCAACUCCAAAUAUAAAAGUCUUUUCCAAAAAGCCAUCAAGGAGGCCCAGGAGGCCUGCAAGGGCAAGGACCUCGAGGCUGUACGUACACCCCAGCCAGCAGCAGCAGCAGCAGCUGCUGCUGCUGCUGCUGUUGCGGCGGCAGCAGCAGCAAGUUGCUGCUGGAGCUAG